AUGGAUUGGUCCCAAGGGAACAAGUGGGAGGAGAUUUUCACCUUGGGAGAUGAGGCGAUUCUCUUGGAUUUGGGUAUUACAGUGCUCGCUAAGGACUUGGAAGGAAUCACUAGUAACUCCAUCUACUACUGUGAAGCGCCUGAUGAAGACUUGCAUUACAACGAUAAUGUGUUGGUCGUAUAUAAUGUCGAUACAAAGAAGAUCGAACAACCACAAGAAUCUGUUUCUUCGUCCCUUCCAUUCUCUUUUGCUUGUUGGUUCUUACCAAGUUUCAAACGUGGUUGA